CGAGGCUCUCGGAGCGUGAGUCCCGGGAGAGGCAGACGCUCAGCCAAUCCCUGGAAAGGAGAGCGUGGUUAGCUCGGCCUGCAGAUCCCUCCGCCCGCGUUUGCUGUGCAGAGGCCGAGGGGGCCGCCAUUUUGGAUGCUUAGCCUUGAUUCAGAAGUCAGUUUCUGCUGUUUUCACGCCUGGAUUUGGCCAGGAGGAACAGCACAGCAUGCUGGGCUCUGGAUUUAAAGCUGAGCGUUUACGAGUCAAUUUGAGAUUAGUCAUAAACCGUCUUAAACUAUUGGAGAAAAAAAAAACGGAACUGGCCCAGAAAGCAAGGAAAGAGAUUGCUGACUAUCUGGCUGCUGGGAAAGAUGAGCGAGCUCGGAUCCGAGUGGAGCACAUUAUCCGGGAAGACUACCUCGUGGAGGCCAUGGAAAUCCUGGAGCUGUACUGUGACCUGCUGCUGGCCCGGUUUGGACUCAUUCAGUCUAUGAAGGAGCUAGAUUCUGGUCUGGCUGAAUCUGUGUCUACGCUUAUCUGGGCUGCUCCUCGACUCCAGUCAGAAGUGGCUGAGUUGAAAAUAGUUGCUGAUCAGCUCUGUGCCAAAUAUAGCAAGGAAUAUGGCAAGUUAUGUAGGACCAACCAGAUUGGAACUGUGAAUGACAGGCUGAUGCACAAACUGAGUGUGGAAGCUCCACCUAAAAUCCUGGUGGAAAGAUACCUGAUUGAAAUCGCCAAGAAUUACAAUGUGCCCUAUGAACCUGACUCCGUGGUCAUGGCAGAGGCUCCCCCUGGAGUAGAGUCAGAUCUUAUUGAUGUUGGAUUCACAGAUGAUGUGAAGAAAGGGGGCCCUGGAAGAGGAGGAGGAGGGGGCGGGUUCACAGCCCCAGUUGGUGGACCUGAUGGAACAGUGCCAAUGCCCAUGCCCAUGCCCAUGCCCUCUCCCAGUACUCCUUUCUCAUACCCUCUUCCAAAGGGACCAUCGGAUUUCAAUGGAUUGCCAAUGGGGGCUUUUCAGGCCUUUCCCAAUAUUCAUCCACCUCAGAUACCAGCAGUUCCCCCAUCGUAUGAAUCUGUUGAUGACAGUAAUGCUGAUAAGAAUGUCUCUUCUGCACAGAUUGUUGGUCCUGGACCUAAGCCAGAAGCCUCUGCAAAGCCCCCUUCCAGACCUGUGGAUACCUAUGACAACUUUGUGCUACCCGAGUUGCCAUCUGUGCCAGAUACACUGCCAUCUGCUGGUGCCAACACCUCAGCAUCUGAGGACAUUGACUUUGAUGAUCUUUCCCGGAGAUUUGAAGAGUUGAAAAAGAAAACAUAGGCCUCUUAAACCAGGCAACGUCAAAGUUAUGGGAGUUGAGACUGAGCACUUUCUCAUUGUAACAAAGACUCUCCAUGAAAUUGUUUCAUCUCUUAAACCAUCACUGAGCACACUCUUCCUCUGGGCUCUCUUCCUAUUCUACCAAAUUGUGCUACUUGCCAGUUCUUGAUUACUCCUAACAGACAACUGACUGGAGACACUAUGAGGCCAGACCAGCUGACUCCUGUAAGCGGUGCUUGUCUGUUUCCGGUCACUAUGAUCCCAGGUUCUCUCCUUGCUUGUCCCACAAAACAUUGUGGGGAGAGCUGACCAAGAUGGCUGCUGGGCUGUGGGAGAGAGUACUUCAGGAAGUGCCUCAGCCCUAAGAUGAGGCUCUAGAGUUAGAAACAAACCCAUCUGUACAGAGGCAUUUGUGGUGAGUGAGAAUCAAAGCUGAGACGAAUGGGAGAGAAAAGGACUCAGGAAGCUGCUACAGUGGUUUUUGGAAGCUGGGUCUUGUCAUUGUCAUAUACACUACUCCUUGCUGCAAGGCAGUGUUCCACCUGGAUCCAGUUGCAAAGUUGAAGGCCUGUCUCAGUUCUUCUGGAUUCACAGGGAGCCCUUGUGGCCUUUUUCUUUGAGUGCUGUGUUUCCCUUUUACCAGAGGGCAGCACUGUGUAAAUUACUGUUUUCCCAUUGCACGUUCUGUUGGAUCACAUUACUAAGGCAGGACAGGCCACGAAUUGGGCAGAAGUCACCAUUCAAGGCUAAGGUGGGCUUCCAGUUGCCUUAAUAGAAGUAUUCAAGUCUUUUGAAUAGUGAGCUGGAAGGCCCACAGGAGAAGAAGGGUUCCUGUUUUCAUUUGAAAACUUUAUGAUUUAAGAACCUUUAAAAACUGAUCUCAAAUUUUGGUGCCCAUGUGGCUAUAGUUGUUUCCUGCUAUCCUCAAUGAACAAGACUAUUAAACAAGACUAUUACGUUGUAACUAACAUGCUCCUUUGCUCCCUAGCAAACGAAGGUCAUUUCCCACAGGGAUGGCUUUGGGAUUGGAAGAUACGACUUUGGCUUCUAUGUAGUGUAUCUGUGUAUACCUGUUUCAAGUAGCUUUUCUUUAAUGUUUUUGAUUGGUUUGUAUCAUAGCUCAGUAGCUGAUAAUAAAGUUUAAAAUUCUGUGCGCUGCUUUCUCCACUGAUUUGAUCACCUGAUGAGCUGUGGAUUUUAGUGGAGAUUUUUCUUUUUUUUAAUUGUUGAAGUACAUUUGUCUUCAUUUUCCCCCACCACUCUAGCGGAGAAUAUUUUAAGCAAGUGAUCCAUGCUUAGACACAAGUCAGACCUUACCUGGGGCUUCCUGGGGAAUGUGGAUGCCUGUGGCAGUAAGGGGCCCAUUGUAGUCUCUGUAUGUGAGCCCAGAUAGCAUCUGUGAGUUUGCCUUGUUACUCUUCUGGGCCUUUGCAGAGGCUUCUGGCUUGGGUCCGGGACCUAAUUAAAUUAGAGCAAGGUGUACAGUAUUGGAAGUGCUCGCCAUCAUCCAGUCCCAGGCUUGUACAUUUUUAAUAAGCUGCUGUGAGUUUACCUCUGAUUCAUUCAUAUUCCCCACAACCAUCCUGGAACAUGGAUUGUGAGGGUUCUGUUUCUCGCUCUUUGGCAGCAGAAGCAGUUUAAUGUCACUUUUACAGCAUUAACCCUUUCCCAACAGUGCCAACAUCCAUAUUGUAAAAACUGUCAGCGAAGGGGACUUUGAUCCCUCACUGACCAAUUUUCUAAGCUACACUGUGCAAAGAUACAUAUUAGCUAGGCGGUAAAAGGGUUAAGAUAGUUCACCUUUUAACAUUUUAGUGUGAGUGCCUGUUGCUGUUUACUCACGUGUGUUCUGAUGUACUGGAUUCCUAACAAACUGGAGAGUUUCUGUAGCAGCAUAUCUAUCGGUGCUGCUUCUUUCCAACUCUAUUGGAAGGGAGAAGGAUAAAAUAAAAUGAAUUUGUUGCUAAUGUUGAAGGAAAAAAGUGUCAAAGAAAAGUAAAGAUACUGUUUCCUUUAAUCUGCUGUUAAGCAGAAACACUGCAAUGCUUAAUAGCUGAGGAUCAGCUAUUUAUAGGCCAGUGGCUGGAACAUAAUGUGGUCUUGGUAAAACUGGAUUUCCUGGGAAAAUAGAUGGCAGAGCUGUGGAGACUAGUAAGGGAAUAUGCUGAUCUUCCAGAUCUGUAAUUUUAAGAGCAGCUAUAGACAGGCUUUUCCAGUGGUAUAAAAAUGUUACUUUUUAUAUACAGAUAUUCCCCACUUUAUGCCACUUCACUUUUAGGAAAGACCUAUGUUAGUGCCUGUUUUUGCCAAUCAGAAGUCUAAAGAGGACUCUCACUUUUAUGGAAAAGGCAGAAAAGUGAAAUAGUGUUCAUUGUUUGCAGUGAACUGUUAGAGGCAGUGCACACUGAAAUCACACUGUACAUUAUUUCUGCUUUACAUAGCUGUAUAUUGCAUCAUUCCUGCUUUUACUGCAUGUUAGUGGUUCAGGUUUGAUGUAUUAUUUGGUAGGUUAUUUUAGGGGCCUGGGAAAGCAUAAAAACUUAUCCCAUAUAAAUUAAUGGUGAUUGCAUCUUUACUUAUGCCAUUUUGGCUUUUGAAAGUUUUCAUAGGAAUGCACUCUACUUUUGGGUAGUGGGAGAAACCUGUAUAGAAAUUAGCAAGCCACAGAGUUACCUACCUUAAGAAACAUUCUUUCUUUACUAAAGGACAUCAGAAUGGCAGAAACAAAAAGGUUAAUGAUCACAAGUACCAUCAAGAUGACGCUGGUGAGGAUCAGAAAGGAGCCCAGCACUGGGCAUAAAGUGAUAAUCUGGAAAGGCAAUAAAACACUGAGUUUAAAACUAACAGUUUCAUUUUUCCUUUAAAAAUGUAAGUUAUAUGCUAGCUAAUGUUUGGGAUAUAUUCACAUAAACAAUGUCAGGUGGAAACUAGGGAGAAAACCAAAACUAUUAAAAAGGAGAAUAAUACUUUAGAGUGGACAGAAGAGCAAGAAUGCCUGACUCAAAGGGUGCCUUCAGGGCUUCACAAGAAGAAAACAGGAACUGAAAAAUAAGCCCGUUUGAGUUUUGGCAAUUCCA